GUGCCAUGUGGGGCGGACGCCGCCCUCCGGUCUCCUCUCGGAUCGCCGCCUCCCUCCUGCAGCUGCUGCUGGCCGGGCUGCUGGCGGCUGGGGCGCGGGCCAGUGGCGAGUACUGCCACGGCUGGCUGGACGCGCAGGGCGUCUGGCGCAUCGGCUUCCAGUGCCCCGAGCGCUUCGACGGCGGCGACGCCACCAUCUGCUGCGGCAGCUGCGCGUUGCGCUACUGCUGUUCCAGCGCCGAGGCGCGCCUGGACCAGGGCGGCUGCGACAACGACCGCCAGCAGGGCGCCGGCGAGCCUGGCCGGGCGGACAAAGACGGCCCAGAGGGCUCGGCAGUCCCCAUCUACGUGCCAUUCCUCAUCGUCGGGUCCGUGUUUGUCGCCUUCAUCAUCUUGGGGUCCCUCGUGGCGGCCUGUUGCUGCAGAUGUCUCCGGCCUAAGCAGGAGCCCCAGCAGAGCCGGGCACCCGGAGGGAGCCGCCUGAUGGAGACGAUCCCCAUGAUCCCCAGCGCCAGCACUUCCCGCGGGGCGUCCUCCCGCCAGUCCAGCACGGCCGCCAGCUCCAGCUCCAGUGCCAACUCAGGGGCCCGGGCGCCCCCCACAAGGUCACAGACCAACUGUUGCCUGCCGGAGGGCACCAUGAACAACGUAUAUGUCAGCAUGCCCACGAAUUUCUCUGUCCUGAACUGUCAGCAGGCCACCCAGAUUGUGCCCCCUCAGGGGCAGUGCCUGCAUCCCCCGUAUGUGGGGUACACGGCACAGCACGACGCAGUGCCCAUGACUCCUGUGCCCCCUUUCAUGCAUGGCCUGCAGACAGGCUACAGGCAGGUCCCGGCCCCCUUUCCACACACUAACAGUGAACAGAUGUACCCGGCCGUGACUGUGUGACCCAAGGCGCAGGGUUUCUGGAGAGAGCGAAACAGACAAGCGAUGGACCCGGGACGGAUUCUCAAAGUGGAAGUCUGCACGUCGUGCUGGUGUUUCGGCACAAUGCUUUUAGACGUAUUCCUUUGCCUCCAAACUGUAUGAAAACCUCUCUUUCCAAAUUAGCAUUUCUGGAUAUUUUGCCUCCCAGAGCAUGGCUGAUUAAUGAUGGGAAAGAGCAUCGCCUGGAGAUGUCUCUGCUGGUGCUGAUGGUUGUGUGGCAAAUGCUUAAGCCCCUACGUGCCCUUGAGGUUGGCUGUCAAAGAAUUUUGUAAAUGGAUAGAUUAAGGGUUUUUAUUAUAGCAUUAUUAUUAUUAUUAUUAUUAUUAUUAUUUGCUUUUUACUGUACAAGAUCAGAAAACCCACCCGUUCCUUCUCUUUUACCUGGGUAAGUAUUUUACAAGCAUCCAAGGUUUAGGGGAAGAGGUGAAGAAUACAAUUAUUAUAAAAGGAAAUCCAAUUUGAACUCUGAGAUUAGUCAUUGAUCUCAGAAUUUCAUAGGCACAUCCUAAUUUCAUUGUAAAAAUAUAUAUAUAUUUUGUCUAUUUUUGUGCUUGUCUAUUUUGUGCUUUUUUUACUUUGUGUAGAGUUAUUAUUACAAAGUGAUUUUCUACAUUGAAAAGAGACUGAAAAAUUGUAUAGUUACUGAACUAAUGACAUUUCAGAACUCUGGGAUUAUUUUAAUCCUGAAGUAAUGGGUAGUGUAGUAAUAAAACCGUUCAUCCCCUUCUUGAUUGUAUCGUCAAGUUUUCUGACUGUAAAGUGAUAUUUGAGAAGAAGUAAUUAGAUGUUUUUUUAUAUUGAAAUCGCAAACUAUCACUUGCUACUUCUCCAAAUUACUUUAACUUUACCUUGUGGUAUGAUUUGGUAAUUUGUUCUGUUUGGUUUACGGUUCCCCAUGUCUGUAUAGAUUUGAGGGCAGGUAAUUACUGUUGCUGUAAAUGAGGAUCAGCAUUUCUUCCUAGAUCUGAUUUAAAAGAUUUUCUUGUUUCCUUAUAAAAUUCAAAGACAUGCUUUACCAAGAUACUUAAUAUAGCUUCUCAGCCAUAAUCUGAGACUUGGGAUGAAAUUUAAACCACAAAUAUGACUUACUUUGCAAAUCAGAAGGCUUUUUAUACACUUGUUAUCAAAAUGGCUUAUUUUUCAGGCAACUGGGGCUAUUAAAUCAAGAAAAAAGCUUUUAAGAAAGCUAUUGCUCACAGUUAGUUCUUGUUUUUCCUCUCUUAGUUCUCAACAAGCACUGCAUUCAUUACCAGUGUUCUGAAUUAUGAAAUUCAAGUGAAUUUAUCUGUGUAUUGUUUACUUAUAAGAAAUAAGUAUAUGCAAGUAAAUUUCCAACUGCUAGCAAAUCCAAGAUUUGUAAUUAAACAAGUCAUUGUAAAGUAUGGUCUUUCACACAUUUAUAUCUAUAGUUUAUUUUUCAUUUAUCUAUAAUCUAUCAUCUACCCUAUUUAUCUAUCAUCUCUCUCUCCAUCUCAUGAAUGAAUAAUGUAAAACCAUUGUUGGCAAUUGGUAUCAACAAAGAUGCUCCAUCAAAAUUUUUUUAGUAACCAAAGGCAGGGGAAAAUCAUCUUAAUAAUAAAUAUUUUAUGGUAUGAAUUUCAAGGGAGUUGGGUAUUUUUCAUUUUCAUUCUACUUGGUAAUUUUUCAGGUGGUCUGGUAAACCUGUUCAUAGAAUGAAAUUGCUAAAAAUUAUAAAUAGUGCUUUCUAGAGCCAAGAACCUACCUUUAAAAGUAAUUAAUAUCUGGGAAGUUUAUAUGUACUAUGAGUCAGUGAGUGUUAUACGUAUUCCAUGGGAAACGCUGACAACAUGAGAGACAGUUUUUUUAGAAUCAUUGUAUCAUCAGGCUAAUGUGCAUUCCAUACAUUGUCUCUGAUGGAAGGUUCUCUCUUAUUUAAGGACAUAACAUUUCUAGAAACUUGGAGGUGAAAGGGACCAUAGAGAUCAUCCAACCUAGAGAUUGGCAAACUUUUUUUUUAAAUAAAGAGCCAGAGAGUAAAUAUUUCAGACUCUUUAGCCCUAUGGUCUCCAGCAACUAUUCAAGCCUGCCAUUGUAAAACAAAACAGCCAUUAGGCCUGUACAACCAAUAAAUGAACCUUACUGAUGGACAGUGAAAAUUAUUUGAAUUUCAUAUGAUUUUUCACAUGUCACAAGAUAUUCUACUUUUGAAUUUUUUCCCCCUACCAUUUCAAGAUAUAAAAAUGAUUCUAAAUUCUAGGGCUGUUUAAACAUAAAUAAAUAAAAGACAGGCAGUGGGCCAGAUUUGGCCAUGGGGUCAUAGUUCAAUCCCUAAUCUAGUCCAUCCUUACUGAUGCAGAAGUCCCUCUGCAACAUUCUUGACAGGCUUUUUUAUACACAGAGGGAUGGAAAGCGCUUGCUUCCCUUAC